AUGGUGGCUUUCGGAGAGGUUCUGAUGCGGUCAAGGCCACCUGCUUGGGAGCAUCCACCACGGGUAUUUGACCGACCGUUCAUGUAUGCACUACACUAUGGAGACGAAGGCAUCAAGCACGCUGUCGAGAUUAUAAAGGGUGAGAUUGAGACUACGAUGCGUCUUUCCGGCAUAAAUGAUCUCAUGCACGACGUACACUCUGACUUCGUGAAUACUGCAGAGAUUGACCAUCUUGUACCAAGCAUUAAACAUCCAUAUGCCCAAAAGGCGGUGCGGUCAACUGCAAAGUUAUAG